AUGACUAUUCACCUUACUAUUCUAUCAUGUUUAUUACUAUUCUAUCAUGUUUAUUACUAUUCUUGUUUUUCUACUUUCUAUUUCCUUCAAGGUAAUAGCAAGAGUGGCCGAGUGGUCCAAGGCGUCCGUUUCAGGUACGGAUCUCUUCGGAGGCGUGGGUUCAAACCCCACCUCUUGCAUCUUUUAAUAGUAUAUUCCUACUAUACUUCCACCUAUACUAUACUAUACUAUACUCUUAUAACUUAUACUUUAUACCUUAUACUUUAUACCUUAUAUCUUAUAUCUUAUACCUUAUACUUUAUACUUUAUAUCUUUUCUAUAUGUUUUAUUCUAUAA